AUGGAGGGACAAGAAAAUUCGAACGAGGGGGCACCGCAGAGUGCCAACGAAAACGGACCAGUGAGGAGAAGCCUCGAAGAUGAUAUGACGCUGGCAGUGGAACCGCAGUCAAAAAGGAGCAAAGGCAGAAGGCAAUGGUCAGGCAAGCUUCCCGACACAAGCACUCCAAUCAGACCUACGACAGGGACUAAGACACCAAUCCGCAAGCGCACGGAGGACAAGCCGCAGCAUGAGAAGAUCAUACAGGCAAUCGAUGACAAAGUAGAUGAUAUCACGGAGCAGUUCAAGUCAAUCCGCCUUAACUUUGACAAGAUCCAGGACAGACUGGAAGAGUGUUGUGAUGACCAGUAUGUGUUUCGCAAGCAGCAGCUAUGGGCACUACAAGCGCAGGUACGUGAGCAACGCGACAAAGCCGCAAAGGAAGAAUGCAUGGUGGGGUGGCCAGCUUCCGCAACAGCUACUCAGCGUACGGAGUUCGUGCAAUGGUGUUUGAAAGAAGCAGCCAUAGACAGUUCCUCAUGCGACAUCUCUCACUCAGUGAAGUACCAGCAACUUUCUCCCAUGACCAUCCUUACCUUCAAACAUCCGUCCUUACGCAUACAGAUGGACAAGUGGUUCAAGGAGGAAUACAUCAACAAGACGAAGGCUUUGAAUUUUUACAUGGACGGGCAGUACACUACUGAUACCGUCAAGCUUCGACCACAAGUAGCGGUAUGGGACAGAAUCAAAGGCGAACCAUUGAAGAUCUGCUUGAAAGCCAUGGACAUAGCCAAUCGAAAUGGAAAGAGUCAAACCAUGGUGGAAUCACAACGCCAUCUACGACGACUACUACACCUUCGCUUGGAUCUACUUUAG